UAAUCCUACCAAAAGUACAAUGACUUCUUCUGAAACCAUAAGGAAGAUAUACGAAUAUUGAGAGCAACACAAUCCGACAACUUCCAUCCGUAUCGCAUCCAAGCACAAUGAUGACCAGACGCCGUCCUGCCCGCGUACAGGCCCUACGAGGUAUAGGCGUCGACACAAUGGGCGCGAUAGCGGACCAGCAGACUCAAAACGCCAGUCCACGUACUAGUAGUUCCAGCCUCUUGCGCAUGGAGAACCUCGACACAGACAUCCCUCCUCCUACUGUGGCAGCUUCCAUCACCGCCCAGUCCGCCACUUCCGACCAAGAGAAUAGCUACCUUCCAUUCAUCGGACAGCUCGGUCUACGGAACGCGGCUGCGACACACGUCAGUGCCAUGGCCGGCAACGUAGUCAGCUAUACCGGAGAGAAGAACUGUGUCAUCUCCGCAGGCGGGCUUUCGGGAAUACUAAACACGCUACUUGCCACCGUCGAGAUGGGUGAUGGCGUGGUGCUGACGGACCCUACGUAUUCGGGCCUGAUUAAUCGGGUCAAACUAGCUGGUGGGAUACCGGUCCUUGUGCCUUUCGACUUUGUCCCCGGCGGCGCCUGGAUGUUCGAUCGAGAAAAGUUCCGCGCAGUGGUCGAAACCUCCGAGGCUAAAAUCACGGCCAUGCUGCUGAUGUCUCCUGCUCUACCGUCGGGAGCUGUUCUGGACCAAGGGGAUUGGGAGGUCGUUGCGGAGGUAUGCGUGGAGCACGACAUUCUUCUCAUUCUAGACGCAGCGAUGGAGAGGUUGUUGUUUGACGGCCGCCGGGUAGAUCAUCCUGCUUCCAUGCCUGGUAUGGCGCAGAGGACGAUAACGAUCGGGUCUGCGUCGAAGGAGCUGAGGAUGAUAGGAUGGCGGGUGGGAUGGAUUGUUGGUCCGGAGCAGCUCAUUGCUGAUAUUGCGCUGGUUGGCAUGGCGAACGUCGUGGUUCCAGUUGGGAUUGCGCAGAAGGCAGCACAGGCUGCGUUGGAGAGGUCAGGAGAAGAUAUCUCAAGCUUUGUUGAUGAGCUGCAGGCUCGUAGAGAUGUUUGCAUGGAAGAGCUAGCAGGGCUGCCGGUUGGUGUACCGGCGGGUGGGUGGUCAUUUGUACUCCGUGUGGAUGGCUUGGGAUGGACGGGCAGCAAGGCUGCGGAGGAGCUGUUGAGGCAUGGUGUUUGCGUCACGCCGAUGGAUGGCUGGGGCAUCGAACAUGGCUCUCAGUAUGUUCGGUUCGUCUUUUCGAACGAGCCUUGUGAACGGCUGAAGGGGUUAGGUGCGAAGGUCAGGGCUGCCCUCGUCAAGAGCGAACACAUUGUAUAGUACCCUGCAACUUCCGCCACGUGGAGCUUGAAUGACCAACCCAGAACAGAAGAACGGGUGAGAUAGUACUUGAAGAAAGAAGAAAAACAGCCAUGCUGGAAGGAGGUGGUUCGGAACGAAAGUUGGAUUUUGGAAAGCCC